AUUACAAUAAUUCUACAAACGAACAAACUUUUUCAGAAAUACUAUUGCGGUUUUGUGUCAGUUGUCUUUUAGUUCUUUCACAAAUACAAGAUGUCUAAGAGAGGACGUGGUGGUUCCGCGGGAGCUCAUUUCAGAAUAUCAUUGGCGUUACCAGUAGGCGCAGUUAUCAAUUGUGCUGAUAAUACAGGUGCCAAGAACCUUUAUGUCAUAGCCGUUCAAGGUAUUGGUGGUCGGUUGAACCGACUUCCAGCUGCGGCAUGCGGAGAUAUGUUUGUGGCCACCGUCAAGAAAGGUAAACCAGAACUCCGAAAAAAAGUCAUGCCAGCUGUAGUUAUACGGCAGCGCAAACAAUUUCGAAGGAAAGACGGGGUGUUUAUAUACUUUGAGGAUAAUGCAGGGGUGAUCGUGAACAAUAAAGGAGAAAUGAAAGGAUCAGCAAUCACGGGACCUGUAGCUAAGGAAUGUGCAGAUUUGUGGCCGAGGAUAGCUUCAAAUGCAAGCAGUAUAGCGUAGAUUUGUUACAUUACACCUUACAUUAAAAAGAAUUGAAAAGA